AGGUCAGUCACAUUCAAACAGAGUAGUUACCAAGAGAUAAGAAAAAUGAUUUUUAUUGCAACAAAGAUCAUUGUUGGCAUUCAUGUCUUGGUGUAUUUUGGUACGAGUCUGGUCGUUUGUAAUGAAGAUAUCCCGUUUUGUGACAAGCGGUUGAAAGAACUGAGAAAAGACGAGAAAGACUGGAGUGAAAGGUGCUUGAAUGGUGAAGGUGAAAACCUUGUUACACCGAGCUGUGAAGCAAAGAAAGAAUACAAUCACGAGAGGAUGUGUGUGUACACAAAGAUAUGCUUUUAUAAAGGUAAUAAUAUUAGACUGUAUCAAAAUAAAGUCCAAUGGUAGUAUAAUGCAUAUAGUUCCAGGAGAGAAUCUAUAUUUUCGGUUGCAAAAAGCAUUUCUUUAAUUAAAACGCAUCAUGCAUGCUGACUAUAGAAUAAUUUCAGUAAAGUCCAGAUUUGCUUUCAUAAUUCCUUUUAAAACAUGUGGAAAUGCCUGUGUGAUGUUACUCUGAGUGUAUCCACACCGGGCAGGCUUGAAAAACAUGCCUCGCCACGGUGGGAAUCGAACCUACGACCUUUGGAAUCAGUACUAGCCCAAUGCUCUGCCAACUGAGCUAUUACACUGAUAUCGAAGGAACUAUACUCAGUUCCGAAACAUCGCAUAUUUUGAAGCCUGCCCGGUGUGGAUAUACACUCAGAGUAACAUCACACAAGCAUCUUAUUCACCUGAGUACAUUACACCAACACAGCAAAUAUCAUGAUUAUUAGAUUACACUGAUAUCGAAGGAACUAUACUCAGUUCCGAAAUAUCGCAUACUCGAACCGACCUGACCGCGUAGCUCAGUUGGCAGAGCAUUGGGCCAGUAUUCCAAAGGUCGUAGGUUCGAUUCCCACUGUGGCCAGGCAUAUUUUUCAAGCCUGCCCGGUGUGGAUAUACACUUAGAGUAACAUCACAAGAGCAUCUUAUUCGCCUGAGUACAUUACACCAACACAGCAAAUAACGUGUGGAAAUAUUUUGACAAUUUAAAAAGAAUACUGUUGAACCAAAAUUUUUCAAGUUAGGUAAAUGUGAUUAUUCAUAAUAUUUUUUUUUUGACUUUCCAGAAUUUUUCGGGUUUUUAUUCGGUGGUUUUUGAUUCGCUAAAAUACCAUGUUUUCUUGUAUAUAUUCACAAGAUUGACAUUUUUAGUAGGAUCCUUGUUAAAAAAAUUUAAUAACGGUUGAGCAAUUGCGAUUGUUCCUGUAACUCGUAAAAUGGCUAGAUGGAGCCAUAUGGGGGAAAGGUAGCAUAUUGCACUUGUCAUAUCUUGGAAAUGAGUUUUUCUCUUUUUACUAUGAGCAUAUCAUAAACUUCAGCCCUGGGACGUUUCAGCAAAUUCGCAUUUCCAGAGCAAUUACUGAUGAAUCACCUGAAGCGCUUGUGUUUAUAAAGCGAUCUUAUAACAACAGUUCAAUGCAUGAACUCUACAAAUAGUUUGUACUGAUACGUCACUCUUUCUCCAGGACCCUAUGCUGAGCCUUACUUGCUGAUCAAAUCAAAGUCUGAAAUCCACGCCAUUGAUUUGACAACCCUAGACACAACUGUCAUCAUCGGUGGAAUUGCAGGCAGGACGAUGGAUAUUGACACAGUGGACAACAAAUUAUACAUUGCAGACAACAACAGCAUAUCCCGGGUGAACUUGGAUGACAUAUGCGUAGAAGUCAUUUUGCAAAAUGUUAGUGUUCGUGACAUGGCAAUUGACUUGCUAAGAUCUAGUCGUCGUAUAUUCUGGACUGAAUAUUUAGAAAAGCAGAUCUUCGUUGCGGAUUUGGGUGAUAAAAAGAAACGAGUGCUUAUGAAAACAACGAAUUACCCGUCCCGUAUAGCAUUUGAUGCAAAAUUGAAGUAAGUUUUACGAUUUGAAGAAUAUCUUUAUAAUGUGUUGUUUGAAGACGAAUCAUUGCGAACCGUGGCGUGGCGGUGGUUACGCUUUUUUUUGGCUGAGUCCCACUUCAGUGUGGUUUCUAUUCUGUGACGCAGAGAUUAUUCUUAGCCUAUCAAGUCGAAUCAAUGAAUCACUAAAAAAUUAUACGAUCACAUCAGCCACGUCGUUCCAAACCCCCUAGAGUUCAAUGUUCCAAACGUGGGUUCUAAUUAACGCGUGCGCUUUUGCACAGUAAUGGGAGCCAGCCACGUACUGUCUACUGGCUUUCCUUCCCAAUUGCUGUUGUGCUUAAUUCUAAUCUUUUUAUAUUGGAAUGAAGCACUUUCAUGCAGAACAUUUUUCUUUCAAAGGCUGGCGGGAGGUAGACAAUUUGUACUGUAUCAGGGCGCACUGAUUUGUAGGCCUAUCUAUCGAUGAAAGCAAAACCUAUUCACUAUCCAGCUAGCCGGCACGGUGUGACAUUGAUCAAUAACAUGGUAAACUCAUGCAUCCACAAUGCGUGUGUUUAGAAUCUUUAAAAUCAGUUCUGAAAAUUUAUAUUUCAAAUUGAUUACAGAAUACCUUUCCUACGGCCGUUCGGCAUUUUCCUAGGAAUAUAUAGUAAGAUAUAGUCCAGGGUUCGAAAUAACGGUUCGUGAUUCGUGAAUCACGAAUCAAUUUUCAUUUUUCACGAACCCAAUUUCAUAGAAAUUGAUCAAAAUCACGAAUCAAAAGUCACUCAAAUUGAUAAAAAUAUACAAUAAUAAAUUCAGUUCUUUGUAAAUGUGAUGAAGGAUCAUACAUUCUGAAGAUAUUCUUGUUAGAUUGUACUUAAAAACGAUUAUAAUUCCACCCAAAAUUAUAUUUCUUUGCGAGUUUGCGAUGUAUAUUACAUAUUUCAAAAUUGCAGUGCUUCCACUUUUUAACUUUCAAUUGGAGAAAAUUCCUUGAAAAUUCCUUAAAAUUUCCUUAAAAUAAAAAAAAUUAAUUCACGAACCAUUUUUUCAGAAUUAAUUCGAACCCUGUAGUCAUUUAGUAGCAACAUAGUUAACAAACAGCUAAUCUGAAGAGAAGGAAUUAUAAAAAAGAAUUCUAAGUUGUACCCGUCUUUUAACAUUGUCGUCCCUCGUUGCUUCAUAGGUAUUUGUUUUGGACAGAGCCUAUUGCAAAGUUUGUACGGCGAAUAAAUUUGGUUUCUAAUGACAUUGUAACGUUUGCAAGCCGGAAGUUCUCUAAGUCCUACGCCAUUGCUGUUGAUUGCACCAAGAAACGGGUUUACUGGCUCGAGAACGAGAUUCAAUCCGGCGUUCACCAUAUUUUUUCAAGUGAUUACUAUGGCUACGACCAGAAAAGUAUUGUAAGUGGAUCAUUGAAUGAUUAUUUACUCGGCGUGUUUGGAGGUUCACUCUACUACCUGAACAACGAUUUAUUCUCUAUAAAUGAGAUGAAUGUAUGCAACGGAACUAUAUCCCGUAAUAUUCUGGUGGACAACAAUACAUAUUAUGAUGACCUGGUCGUUGUACAUAGCUCUAUACAGCCUCAAGAGCGACUGGGUGAGUUAUAAUCAUAAUAAUAUGGAGAGGAAUGUGGCAAUUAUAGACCUAUCUCUAUCUUGUCCGCUAUUUCUAAACUUUUCGGAAAAAUUGUAUUCGAUCAG